AUGGGUUUAUUGUAUAAAUUGACCAAAAAACUCCGCAAAGCAAAUCCACCGGUUACUCCGACCGUCUCCAAACCCAAUACCCCGCCGACGCUUCAGUCUCAGCCAGACCCCAACGCCACAACCAUCAGACCAGAUAAUCUGUGGGAAAGAGCCGAGCAUAAACUGACAGAAAAUGAAGAUAAGAGGAAAAUUGUGCAAGCAGGCCUGGAGAUCCUUGGAUCACAGCUUAAAUCAAAUUGUCUCCAGCCCAGAGGGACAGCCAGUCGCCAGGAACAGCUGUGCGGCCUUCUGGAGCUGAAAACACGCGAGUUAGAGGAAAAGAAAUUGACAGUUCGCUUUCUCGAUAAUGAAGUUUCUGUUCGUGAUAAGGUCACCAAGACCUUUCGGAACAUCCUACUGUUCAAGGAUAUCAUCAGCCCAGCUACGGCGUCGAGUCCGCCUGCAGCGAUUGCUUGUGCGGGGGUGACUCUAAUAUGUGUGCAGCUGGUUUUGAAUGCCGCAGAGCAACACUCCAACCUCAUCCAAGGGUUGGAAUCCAUCUCUGGAUUAAUCUGUCGACUUCAAGUGACAGAAGAUCUUUAUCGAUCGGCACGGUCGCAAUCUGCAGCGGAGGUGAAGUUGCAGCAAAAGUUCGAAGCAGAUUUGACCGAUUUAUAUUCAAUGAUUCUGGAAUUCCAAUUCCGGGCUUUAUGCUACGUUCAAAAGCACCGAGUGACCAAGCUGUUCCGUGAUGCCUUCGAUAAGGAUGGAUGGACGACACUGAUGCAAGAUAUUGAAAAGUCAGAGGAUCUGAGCCAGAGCUACACUGCUCUCUUAGGUGCUACAAAUGUGGACAAAAGAUUAUCAGAUAUUAAACGCGCACAAGAAAGCACUCAGGAGUGGCAACAGCAGAGAGUUCGAGAUGAAAGACAGAAAAGCCUCCUCAGGUUGCUUUAUACUUGUCCAUACAAAGACCGCAAGGAUCGGAAUAGCAAAAGAGUCCCUGGUACCUGCGAGUGGUUUACCGGCCAUUCUCUCUUCAAGGACUGGCAGCAGAAUGAUAAGUCCUGUCUAUUAUGGGUUUCUGCAGACCCUGGAUGUGGCAAAUCUGUGUUGGCCAAAUACCUGGCCGAUGACUUCCUCCCGAGUAUAACAAAGGCAACAGUCUGUUACUUUUUCUUCAAGGACGACUUUUCAGACCAGAAAACAGCGACAAAUGCAAUCUGUGCUGUUCUGCGGCAGCUGAUCCUGGCACAGCCUCAUUUAUUAUCAGACUCCCUCCUCGACAAAAUGGAGACUGACGGGGACAAGUUUACGAAUUCGUUGUCUGACUUGUGGUCGGCAUUUACCAGCAUCGCAGCAGAUCCAAGAGCUGGCGAGAUCAUCUGCAUCAUUGACGCUUUGGACGAGUGUGAGGAGAGUCACAGGGAAAGCAUCAUCCGCACUGUACAAGACUUCUUCCUCAUAAAUGCUGGCAAAUGUAAAGUCAAACUAUUAAUAACCAGUAGGCCUUAUUAUGAUAUACGCUAUGGCUUCCAGGAAAGACGGCACAUGUCAAUGAUCCAUCUCAGCGGCGAAGGAGAGGAAGAGGUCGAGAAGAUCGCCCAAGAGAUCAAUCUGGUGGUUGAGAAGCGAGUCGACGAUAUUGGAAACAAACGCCGUUUAAGGACAGAGCAAUGUCAGUUUUUGCUUGACAAGCUUAAAGUCGUCCCAAACCGGACAUAUCUUUGGGUCACAUUGACCCUGGAUGUGAUAGAAAACAUUCUGGGCUUCACCAAAGGGAAUAUCGACAAGGCGAUCAAAGAAAUCCCCCAGACGGUGGACGAGGCAUAUGAUAAAAUCCUCAACAGAGGCCCAGCACCGGACAAAGCCAGAAGUUUACUACACAUCGUCACUGCCGCCACACGGCCUCUCUCUGUUGGUGAGAUGUCUCUGGCCUUGGCUAUUGACCAAACAUGGAGAUCGUCUGCUAGCUUGGAGGACCACCUCGAGCAUGAGGAUGACUUCCGACACACCAUGAGAGACCUAUGUGGUCUUUUCGUCGUCAUUGUUGACUCCAGGGUAUACCUUCUUCAUCAAACCGCGAAGGAAUUCUUGGUCGCGUCUGGCAGUUCUCUAACUCUCGUUCAACCCGACACC